GUCAAGCGUGGUAAAGGAGACUAAGCUUUGGGUAAGCGAAAAGUAUAUAAAAAUACCUUUUUAUUUGGCUAUGUAAAGUCGAUCACGUUUUGCAUCACCUCUUUCUUAUCAAUUUUAUUUGUUAACAGUUUCCUUUACAGAUUACGAGCAUGGCUGCACAUAAAAUUCAUGCAGCAACUGGGAGGUCAAUUUCACUUCUGUCAGUGAUAACCAUACAGUGUAAUGUUUUAGUUAUGAUGCACACAUUUUUAUCUGGACUUAUACUGUGUUUAGUAGCGACUCCUCAGCCUGGAUUAUUCGACGUCGCAAUCAAUGAAGUUCCCGUGGAGACGGACGAUGACAGAUUAAAUCAGGCUUUGCUUUUAGUUGAUAUUCUGAAGUCAGAGUAUCUUAAACUGCUGCGAGAGCGCUCUGGAGGAGCUGCAACGGACGCCGUCACAGUGGUGGAGCAAUCAACCUGCGCGACUACCGCAGUUGAAGGCUCCACCGGAGAAUCGUUUCUCUCCACAGAGAAACAAAAAACCGAAAUGCUGAUUUCAAGUCCUAACACAUUGGUCGAGAUACCAAGGGGACAUCCGAACUAUCCUGCCCUGGUGUACACUGCUGCGCCCCCCGACCCGUGGGGAUGGCCGGUACCAGGCACACCGAGCCCUUCCAGGCGGUUUUAUGACAUAAUGCCUGAGCUAGUACCACCCAUUUAUCCGAAUAUGCUCUCAUAUCCACGCCGAUAUUUUCGACGUAAUUUCCCGGAAUACUCAUACUAUUAUGGACCCUAUAGAAGAAGUGAUAAUUAUGAUGAAAACCGUGAAGAAACGGCUAGAGAAAUUAAAUCGAGUACAAUUACUAGGAAAGCCGCAGCUUUAACGAGGAAAGCGACACGGAAAACCGGCCAGCUAUUCGGUAGCCGCCGACGUUUUAAUACGCAAUUGCGGAGAAGUAACUACCCUCUAUCUAAACGGAGCGCCGUCGCCGUCGCCGAGCCCGCCCGGGCCGCGGCCGGCCGCGCUCCUUCCGGCUAUGUGGAUUUAUCAUCACCGUGGCAGGUCAGGGCAGGCGCGGGCGCGGGCGCGGGCGCGGACGCGGGAGCGACGGCGCAAGCGGGCCGCGUCCAGCGUCCGAGCGCGCCGGCCCGCCCUGCCCUGUGUCUAGUCUAG